AUGAUUAGUAAAGAAGACUUACUGUCUUUAAAAGUGUUAGAUCGUCUCCAUUACCUCACAAACAUGGACAACGUUUACGACCGUGCCCUAUCCGAAAUCGGGAAUGAAAAUAAAUAUCAAAAUCGUUAUGAUUUCAUUUAUCACAUAGCAUUUGUAGUAAUUUUCAUGGUAGUGUUCCUAAACAUUCUUUUGGCGCUCACAGUUACGCCUCACGAAUGUAAAAUUCCAGAAAAACCGCAAAAUAUUAGUGAAAUAGACUGGAGAAUAAGGAAUAUACCAAGGUAUGAAAAUAGUAAAGGCAACAAUAUGAUCUUAUCUUUUAUUUCAGCCUGUCUUGAAUAUACGUAUGACAAGACUUGGUACGAAACAACAGUGACAUCUGAAAACAAUUGGGUUUGCGACAAAGAAAUGAAUGGUGUAAGCGUAUUAAUGUACACGAAAUUAGCAGAGGUUGUCGGAUCUAUAUUUUUCGGGUGGUUUAGUGACGUAUAUGGUCGUCGUUACACGUAUAUAAUUACAACAACAAUGCUGUUAGUAGGACGGUUCAUCUCCCUAAUGGGAGGAAAUUCAUAUAUUAUAUUUUUUAUUGGUUGUUUAAUUGCUAGUUUUCCAUCUACAACAGCUUUACAAACUGUAUCGAUAAUAUGUCUAGAAAUGUCUUCUGUAAAUCGUGGAUCAGCUAUCGUUAGGUUACGAUUAGUAGCGAGCAGCUUUGGAAUAUUUUUAACGCCUCUUUUUAUGUGGUGGGCACGAGAUUGGAAGCUAUUUCUUAUAGUUACGACAGCUCCACUUAUUCCUUUUGUAAUUAUGUCCUGGAAAGUAAUCGAAUCCCCUCGGUGGUUGUAUAGUCAAGGUAGAGUAGAGGAGUCCUUAAUAAUACUCAAGAAGAUAGCUAAAACUAAUAAUAAAAACAUGGAAGCUAACACAGAAAAACUUAUGAUGAGCCUAAUUGAAGAAGCGGAGGAAAAACCUCAAGUUUUCGGAGUGUUUUCAUUGUUCUCUUCAAGACGACUUGCAUUGAAUACCAUCUUACAAGCCGUAAUUUGGAUGGCGGCUUCGUUGAGCUAUACAUAUCUGGUAAUGAGCUCAGGUGAAAGAACAGAUAGCAAUCCAUUUCUAGAUUUCGCUUUACAAGCCUUGGCAGAGAUUCCUUCUAUAUAUUUAGCAGCUUGGCUUUCUGAUCGUAUCGGCCGUCGGUAUACUGGAAUUACUUCAAUCAGUGUUUUAGCUGUUAUGUGGACAACUGUCAUUAUUAGAGAAAACAGUACUGGAGGCUUAAUUCGGGAAUGGUGGGUCGGAAGUGCAAUCAAUAUUAUUGCCAGGCUAUCAACAAUUAUUACAGUUUUUGUUCUUAAUUUAUUGACUAUGGAAUUUUACCCAACCUGUCUACGACAAUCAGGAAUGGCAUUUGGAAAUGUAAUAGCAGGGAUAGUCUCCGCCGCUAUUCCUUUUGUUAUGUACUUGGGACGACGAUAUGACCCAAGAAUACCAGGUUUUAUAUUGGCAGCAACAUCAUUGUUCGGUUUCGUAGCAGCAUUCAUUUUACCAGAAACAUUAAAUGCUAAACUACCUGAAACACUAGAAGAAGCUAAAUGUUUUGGAUCUAAGGAUAUUUCCUCUAUUUUUAUUAAGUUUUGCUCGACCGCUACGUAUUCAAUUCUCAGUUACAGAUAUCAAUUUUAA